AUGUCGGAACAAGAAGCUCCAACACUCCAAGCCCAAUUCGCUGCCACAAACGGCGACCACCAAUCCCUCUGGAAAGCCCUCUGGGAUAACGGCACUUACCUCCCCUGGGACCGCGGCCAAUCCUCCCCAUCCCUCGUCGACCUCCUAAACGACCACCCAUCUCUCAUAACCCCCUCAUCCUCCUCCCAACAAUUAACAGCAUUAGUCCCCGGCUGCGGUCGAGGCUACGAUGUCCUCCUCUUCGCCUCCCACGGUCUAAAAUCCUACGGCCUAGAACUCUCCUCCUCAGCCGUUACCGCCGCGCGCGAAAACGCCAAAACCUCCGGUCUAAACCCCGAGUUACAUACUUUCAUUACCGGGGACUUCUUCACUAAAAACUGGCAGAGUGGGGAGAAUUCCGGUACUCCCGAGGAAUUCGAUGUAGUUUAUGAUUAUACAUUUUUAUGCGCCAUGGAUCCUUCGCAGGGGUUACGUGAGAAAUGGGCGGAUAGGAUGGCCGGGCUUGUAAAGAAAGGUGGGGUUUUGGUUUGUUUGGAGUUUCCGUUGUAUAAGGAUUUGGAGUUGCCGGGACCCCCCUGGCCGCUGAGGGAGGAGAUUUAUAAGGGUUUGUUGGAGAAUGUGGGGUUUGUGAGGGAGAUGUAUGUUACUCCUAGACGGUAUUUGGAGAGUGGGGAGGGGAGUGAUAUGGUUAGUGUUUGGAGGAGGCAGUAA